AUGGCCCUUUUCCCGGUUGCCAAUGCCGUGGGAGGGAAACAAGUCCACUCAAUUAACACAGAAUCGACAUUGAAUGGCUGCUUGGUUACACUCCGCCAGCGUACGAACGGUGGACCGGCUAAUCACCCAGUUAAAAGCGAGGCAAGAUAUAUAAGACUUAAUCAGUCGGUACACGUUGGCGGGCACCUAAUUACUGUCGGUGAACACUGUUACGAUGUUACUGCCAGCAAUUUGCCUGCAAACUGGUAUCCUCACAUUUUGCCCGCUGAGUCGACGACCAUUGGGUCCUCACAGGGUCCCAUUACGGACUUGCAUCCGGCAUGUGAUAGCACCAGGCUUUUGCGCCUCGUGCGCGUAUAG